AUGUUCUCUCUUCUUAUUUGCUUUUCCUCUUUGCAAAGCUCUUUAAACAGCUGCAAAGGGGGAGGGACCACUAUGCUCACGAAAAUUCCACUUUGCAGAACGCUUCUGUCAGGUCCUACUGUCUGUCUCUUUCCAGGCAUUUCAUACCUCCAAGAUUCAGGAGGAAAAUGUACACCCUCGUUCUCUUUGUAGUGGGCUCCUUUUGUCUGAACGGAAGCAUGGCAGCAGAUGCUGAAGAAAAACUAAUGAACCACCUACUGAGUCCUGACAGAUACAAUAAGUUAAUUCGACCAGCUGUCAACUCCUCCCAGCUGGUAUCUAUAGAACUGCAGGUUUCCCUGGCACAGCUCAUCAGUGUGAAUGAACGGGAGCAGAUCAUGACUACAAACGUCUGGCUGAACCAGGAGUGGAUUGAUUAUCGGCUGGCUUGGAAGCCCUCUGACUAUGAAGGAAUAAAUAAGCUGAGAAUACCUGCAAAACACAUCUGGUUGCCAGACAUUGUGCUUUACAAUAAUGCGGAUGGCACAUACGAAGUCUCACUGUACACAAAUGCCAUUGUAAAGAACAAUGGAAGCAUUCGCUGGUUGCCACCAGCCAUUUACAAGAGUGCCUGCAAGAUUGAGGUGAAGCAUUUCCCAUUUGACCAACAAAACUGCACACUGAAGUUCCGAUCCUGGACAUAUGACCACACAGAAAUUGAUAUGGUGCUUAAGACUUCCAUGGCAAGCAUGGACGACUUCACGCCAAGUGGAGAGUGGGACAUUGUAGCACUCCCAGGAAGAAGGACUGUAAAUCCUCUGGACCCCAAUUAUGUUGAUGUGACAUACGAUUUCAUUAUUAAAAGGAAACCACUUUUUUAUACCAUUAAUCUUAUCAUUCCCUGUGUGCUAAUUACAUCCUUAGCCAUCCUGGUAUUCUACUUGCCUUCAGACUGUGGUGAAAAAAUGACCUUAUGCAUAUCUGUGUUGCUUGCCUUGACUGUGUUCUUGCUGCUGAUCUCCAAAAUUGUCCCUCCAACAUCUCUAGAUGUUCCACUGAUUGGGAAGUAUCUCAUGUUUACAAUGGUGCUGGUGACCUUCUCAAUAGUUACCAGUGUCUGUGUGCUCAAUGUCCACCACAGAUCUCCAAGUACUCACACUAUGCCCCCCUGGGUAAAGCUGGUUUUCCUUGAAAGACUCCCAGCCUAUCUGUUCAUGAAGCGCCCAGAAAAUAAUUCUCCCCGGCAGAAGCCGUGCAACUGCAAAAAGACAAAAGCAGAGAAUCCUUGUAUGGAGCCAUCUGACUUCUACAAGAACUCUACCUAUUUUUUGAAUACAGCCUCUGCCAAAAGAUAUGAUAUGAAAGUCUCUGAGACACUUGACAAUGUCAGCAGUCAUCGAGAUUUUAGGUUAAGAACAGGUGCGAAAUUUUCUCCGGAAGUUCAAGAAGCAAUUGAUGGAGUCAGUUUUAUAGCAGAGCACAUGAAAAGCGAUGACAACGACCAGAGUGUCAUUGAAGAUUGGAAGUAUGUUGCCAUGGUAGUGGACAGGCUGUUUCUCUGGAUAUUUGUCCUUGUUUGUGUCCUGGGGACUGUUGGAUUAUUUCUGCAACCACUUUUUCAAAACCAUACUGCUGCCAUAAACCCUUAGUUGUUAUUUAAAACUGUCAAUACUUACACAGAUAUUUGGUCUCAUUCUGCUCUCAGUUCCCCUCUGUUAAAUCCACAGAGGUGCCAAGUGAGUUGCACUUACAUCCCUUAGAGUACAGAAAAGGAAAAUAGAACUUGACUUAUUGGGAUAGGAAAAAAAAGCAAAACAAACACAAAACUAUUUUUUUUCCAGUGAGUCUAGUACUUCUGGUGAUAUCUUGCCCUUUUUUCAAUUAUUUGAAGUCUGAACAUUACAGUGAAAGAUUUUUACUGUACAAGGUGUCAUCCUGGCAUAAUCAUCAUCCUAUUAUUAUUAUUAUUAUUAUUAAUUUUACAUAUAUUGCCUUAGGAAGAAUAUUUUCUUUCCUUAGAAUACUACAAUUUCCCUAUUACAAAGUAAGUACUGCUGUGAAAUUUAUUUCCUUCAAAUGCAUCAAAACUAUUUGUGUCUGAUUUAUAAAGAGCUUUGCAAGUGGGUUUGAUACUUAAAUCCAAACUGAGAAACAGAAACACUUCUGAGGUAACCUCUGAUAGGUUUGUCACCUCACCAUCUCUGGUAGCUGAUGGAUCAACAAAGGCCAAAUUAAUGUAUGAUAACCAAACAUGUAUAUAAUACUCUGUUUGAUGAUGAAAUAUAAAUGAAACAUUAAAUUUUCCUUUA